AUGUUGGGAAUUAAAUUAUUUAAAAAUGCAAUAAAACAUACAAAUGGUAUAAGAAGUAUAAGUACAUUUAGAUCAACAGAACCAUUAUUUGCAUCAUUUCAAAGAAGAAGUGAAGGAUCAACUCAAUCAUUUGGAGAGACUAAUAAUUAUCAAAAUAACUAUAAUAAUAAUAAUAAUAAUAAUAAUAAUAGUUUUAUGAAUAAUGAUGGAUAUAAUAGUAAAUCAAAUAAUGGUUUUGAUAAUUUUGGGAAUAAAAAAAGAGAAAUUAAUUGGGAUGAUGAAUUAAAAAAUAUGGCACCAAUUAGAAAGAGAUUAAUAGAUUUACCAACAGAGGAUCAACAAGAAACAAUGGAUUUUAUUAAAGAGUUUGAGAUAUCAAUUAAAAAGGAAAAUAAUUUUUAUUUACCAAAACCAAUUGAUACCAUAGAGUCAGUUCCAUUCCAAAGUACAAUUAAAAAUUUCUUAUCUAAAAAAUUUGAAAAACCAACACCAGUUCAAAGUUUAGGUUGGCCAAUUGCCUUGUCAGGUAGUGAUAUGUUGGGUAUUUCAAAGACAGGUUCAGGUAAAACACUUUCAUUCAUUUUACCAGCAAUCGAACAUAUAUUGGCACAACCACGUCAAUCCUACUAUCCAGGACCAUCGGUAUUAGUAGUUGCACCAACUCGUGAGUUGGCAAAUCAAAUCAAUCAAGAAGCCGAACAAUAUCUUAGAUUGGUAAAUAUUGAAAUCGCCACAAUCUAUGGUGGCGCCCCAAGACGUUCUCAACAACUUCAAUUGUCUAGACGUCCAAAGAUCGUUGUUGGUACUCCAGGUAGAAUUAUCGAUUUUAUGGAAAGUGGUGAUUUAUCCCUCAAGAAUAUUUCAUUCUUAGUCGUUGAUGAAGCAGAUAGAUUAAUGGAGAUGGGUUUUGAACAACAAAUUGAUGGUAUUUUCAACUCAAUUCGUCCAGAUAGACAAGUACUCUAUUGGUCUGCAACUUGGCCAAAGAAAGUAAGCUCAUUCGCUGAAAAACACAUUAGAACUCCAAUUAGAUUACAAAUCGGUAGCAGUCAAUUGACAGCCAAUAAAAAUAUCAGUCAAAAGUUCAAAAUCGUUCCAACCGAUGCUGACAAAGUUGAUGCCCUCAUGGAUACAUUGGGUGAAAUCUAUUCAGCCGAUGAAAAAGCACAAACUCUUAUUUUUACAAUGACCAAAAAAGGUGCCGAUACCUUGAAACAUUACAUUCAAUCCAAUGGUGAUAACGUUAGAAUCGAUACCCUUCACGGUGAUGUCGAUCAAAAUAGACGUGAAAGAAUCGUUCAAGAUUUCAAAAAUAAACGUUUAGAUAUUGUUGUUGCAACUGAUGUUGCCUCUAGAGGUUUAGAUAUUAAAGGCAUUAGUCAUGUCAUUAAUUUCUCUUUACCUUCUGAUUGUGAAACUUAUGUACAUCGUAUUGGUCGUACCGGUAGAGCAGGUGCCCUCGGUACAUCUCAUUCAAUUCUCUCAAAUAACUCUUUAGAUGAUAUGGAAUUGGUUGGUGAUUUAACUAAUCUCUUACAAAGAUCCGAACAAGAGGUUCCUUCUGAAUUUUUAGAUAUUAACGCAAUUAGAAAUAGACAAAAUAUGAAAGGUGGAAAUGGUGGUGGUAGAAAUGGUGGUGGUGGUAGAAAUGGUGGUGGUAGAAAUGGUGGUGGUAAUAGAGGCGGUAAUAGAGGUGGAAAUUAUGGUGGUCGUAGAUAUUAA